GUCCCCACCCGACGGAACAGCCCAACAAACAGCAGCGCAACGCCAGCAACAAUGGUGAUUGGACACCAGCUAUCUCUCUCUCUCUUUCUCUCUCUCUUCAGCAGGGCUUGUCAAAGACUACUGUGGUACGUCGGGUGUGCGCGUCUUGCACUUUAUCAAGGUUGCUAUCUCUUCUUUGGGCCAGUGAAAAAGGCAUAUAUACCAUUUCUGAGAGCGGCGUUACUCAAUGAAGACCUGUUGCUGCUGUAUUGUUCUGUGAUCUGAUGUUCGUUCUAGCUUCAUGUCGAUAGAUGCAUAUUGUCUUCUUUUCCGCAACAAGAGACAAACAGAUGGCUGGGCCCAGGUCUCUAUUUAUUAUGAAUGCACUAGUGUG